GAUUUCUCUUGUAAAGAUGGUAAAGACGAAGUUCACAAGGAAUGGAAAGGAGGUAAUGAUUUUCGGAGCGAUGAGGAAUUUCGAUUACGGGAGUGACGAAGCGGUUCAAGAGUCGAAGAAGGGUGGAGAACGCGAUGCUUCUGUGAGUUUGCCAUCGCUGGAGAGAUCGAGGAUUCGUAAAAGCGUUGAAGGGAUAUCGAUGUUGGCAUCUACAGAGGUGUCGAAGGCGUCGAAGACUAGGCGGGGAACUUCAUAUGGGUCGCCUGCGUCAUCUCCGGAGAAGACCACGAGGAGGGGAACUUCAUAUGGGUCGCCUGCGUCAUCUCCGGUGAAGGCCACGAGGCGUGGUUCAACUCUGUCUCCUAGAGUUUCGAAGAAGCAGAAGGUAAAUGUGGCUCCUUCUGGUGAUGACAGAGAAGAAUGGCCAGAGACUGAGAUGUUGGCAUCAACAGUUGCGAAGAAGACAAGGCGGGGAACUUCAUCUGGCGGGUCGCCUGUGUCUCCUAGACAAUCGAAGAAGCAGAAGGUAAACUCGGAGAGGAGUCUAGGUGAUGAUGGUGAUGACAGAGAAGAAUUUCUCCAGAUUGAGGAAUUUGGGGAUAUAGGUGAUGAUGGUAGGGAAGAUGAGAACGGUAUUGCUGGCAUUGAGGAAGUUGGUUGUACAGAUUUGAGUCUUUAUUUUGGUGAUAAAGCAAAAAAUGAUGACUGUGAGGUUGAUGAAGACGAAGGCGAUGAUGAUGCAUGGGAUGAUGAUAAAAUCCCUGAUCCUCUGUCAUCAGAUGAUGAGAAUGAAGAGGAGAUGAGACCUGCGCAAGCUUACAGAGAAGACACUGAUCCAGAGGAGCUCCUUCAGCUAGGCAAGACAUUUUCAGAUGCUGAGGACUUCAAACAUGCUUGUCUGAGGUAUACCCUGAAAACCAGAUACAACAUCAAGUACUACAGAUCCAGUAGCUUGAAGAUGGGUGCAAAAUGUGCCGCUGAGAUGAGAGAUGAUGAGGCUCCUUGUCCCUGGAUGGUCUACUGUUCGUAUGAUAGGAGGAAACAGAAGUUGAUGGUAAAGACAUACGUCAAUGACCAUAAGUGUGAGAGGACAGGGUAUUCGAAGAUACUUAAGAGGUCAGCAAUUGCAAGUCUAUUUGCUGAGAGGUUAAGGCUGAAUCCUAAGCUCACGGCAAAGGAGAUACAAUCUGAGAUAUUGAGGGAGUAUAAGAUGGAAGUUUUAGAAAACUCAUGCAUUAAGGCCAAGACGAAGGUGAUGAAAGAAAGGAGGAAGACCCAUGAGGAGCAUUUUGAUAAAAUCUGGGAUUACCAAGCAGAGAUAUUGAGGAGCAAUCCUGGAUCAACCAUGGAAAUUGAGACCAUACCAGGAGCCACGGUUGGAACCAAGCAGCGGUUCUACAGACUCUACAUGUGUUUCCAAGCACAAAAGGAAGCAUGGAAGAAGACUUGUAGGCCUGUUAUUGGCUUAGAUGGAGCCUUUUUGAAAUGGGACAUCAAGGGACAGUUGUUGGCUGCGGUUGGAAGAGAUGGAGACAAUAGGAUUGUCCCUAUUGCUUGGGCUGUAGUGGAGAUAGAGAAUGAUACAAACUGGGAUUGGUUUGUGAAGCGUUUGGCCUUGGAUUUGGGAUUGGAAAAUGGGAACGGCUUUGUUAUAAUGUCUGACAAACAAAAGGGAUUAGUGAAAUCAGUUCAUACCCUCCUUCCAGAAGCUGAGCAUAGACAGUGUUGUCGCCAUAUCUACGAGAACUGGAGGAAAGGUGGAAAAGAUCUAAGGUUACAGAGGUUCUUCUGGUUCAUUGCAAGGAGCUACACUCCUGGUAUGUUCAACUACAACAUGGACGAGCUUAAGAACUAUGAUCCUGGCGCACAUGCAUCUCUGAUAAAGACAAAGCCAGAGACUUGGUCUAGAGCUUUCUUCAAGAUAGGCUCCUACUGCAAUGAUAAUCUGAACAACUUGUGUGAGUCCUUCAACAAGACCAUCAGGGAGCCUAGGAAGAAACCUCUGCUAGACAUGUUAGAGGAGAUAAGGCGUCAAUGUAUGACUAGGAACUACAAUAGGUCUAAGAUGGCUAAGGACAGGAAGACUAGGUUCACCCCGAAGACACAUAAAGAGUUAGACAGGGUUGAGAAGAAGUCAAAAGAAUGUAGUCUGCGUUGGGCAAUUGGGCCAGAGACUGAGGUGGAAGAUAGAGACCAGUCAUAUGUGGUGAAUUUGGAGAAUGAGACUUGUGCAUGUCGAAGCUGGCAAAUGAAUGGUAUUCCAUGCAUCCAUGCUGCUAAGGUCAUCCUUGGCGUGGGAAGAAAACUCUCUGAAUUUGUUGCUCCUUUCUACACAACCUCUAAGUGGCGUGAAACCUACAGUUUUGGGAUCAGACCUGUAAAUGGGAUGAUAGAGUGGCCUCGGACCAAUAGAUUAGGUGUGAUUCCACCACCUAAUCGAAAUGGCAAGCCUGGUAGGCCUAAAAACCAUGAUCGAAAGAAGGGAACCAAUGAGACAGUGUCUACUACCAAGCUGAGUCGUGCGAACAGGGUAAUGACAUGCUCUAAUUGCAAAGAAGAAGGGCACUACAAGAAUACAUGUCGGAAGGCUUUUGUUGAGAGCCCACCUAAGAAACCAAGAGGCAGACCAAGGAAAUAUCAGGGACUACACUUUGGCGAGUCACAAGCUCAAUCCUCAGAAGCUCAAACCUCACAAAAUCAAUCCUCACAAGCUCAAGCAUCACCAUGGGAAGUUCCUCAAUCUUCAGAAGGUCAAUCCUCACAAGCUGAAGCAUCACAGACAGCAUCGUGGGGAAGAUGGUUGUUUUAGAUGCUUGUGUGUUGUUUAUGAUGGUCUCUGUCUGAAUGCUUUCGUUGUCUGUUGUUUAUGAUGGUGUCUCUGUCUGAAUGCUUUUGGAACAAGAACUACCUUUUUCUUUCUUCUUUUCCUGCUGUUUUAAUUUGAAACUCUCAAUGAAGAUAGUCUUGGUUAUUAUCUUUGUGUUUUCAUCAUGUUGUUUAUCUUGAUGGUCUGUUCAAUGGUGCAUUUGUCCUUCUAUAAACAAUCAAGAAGUAAAACAUAAACAUUACUGAAACAUUGUCUUAAAACAUAGCCUUACAUGAACCAUGAUUCUUACAUAAACAUAGCCUUACAUAAACAGUCUCUUAGUAGCUAUUCAUAGACAACCCAUCUGCUUUGUCAAACAUGAUCAACACAAGACAUAUCACAACGCCUAAACAAACCACCGAAAAACCCACUUUCAUGAUCACAUUCAGCUUCUUAAGUUCAUUGCUCGCCUUCCUGACAUCUUCUUUCAAGUCUUCCUCCACGGUUUUCAUGCUUUCGAUCUCCAUUUUAAUUUUCAUAACAUCUGAUGCAAAGCAUUCAACUUUUGGCAAUGCAUCUUGAACCUCUUCGUAGACAGCUUCAUCUACCCAUUUAUACAAGUGAUCCUAGACACAAAUCAUGAACACAAUCUUUAUAUUCAAACAAUUUCUCACUUACUACCUAGCCAUUGAAUCUUAUGUUCUUAUCUUAAACACAAUCAAAUUAAACACUUACAUUUUGAAACGUUGGGCAUCUAAAGAAAGUUCUUCCUGGAUUGACCUUCGUUUUUGAUGUGUAUAUCCCAGUUCUUCGACCACAACCGCAUUGCUCCGGGAUACCACGAAUUCCCAUCGUAUUCACAGACGAAUCCUCACAACCCGAACUCAUCAUGCGAUACUCGAAGAAGGAGAGAUGAGAAUCGAGAUUCUUAAGGACGAGAUCGAAGAGAAUCGCGAACUGGAUUCAUGAUUUCGCCCAUUUAGGGUUUAUACCAAUCGGAGGAGAAAACCGUCGUCUCUUUUUGAUUCAUUUAACUCGGAUUCAAAGAGAAUAAAAGAAACUGUGUUCGUAUAUCCAUUGCAAAGUCCACUAGCUCAGUGGCAAAAACCCCUACCAUUAUACCCGAGUGCACGAGUUCGAGUCGAUGGAACCCCAUCUUUUUAAUAAAAAAGUUAAUGUAAAACGCCUCGUUUCAUUAAUUUGUCUUUAACUCGGAUUCGAAGAAUAAAAGAUAUUGUGUUCGUAUAGCCAUUGCAAAGUCCACUAGCUCAGUGGCAAAAACCCCUACCAUUAAACCCGAGUACACGAGUUCGAGCCGUAGGAAACACAUAUUUUUAAUAACACAGCUAUAUAAACGACGUCGUUUGUCUUUAAUCAGACAAAGUGAUGAAACGACGUCGUAUACUUUAACACCCAAAAUUAACGUCCGCUUAAUUAUCAGUUAACUCGGUUAACGGUGUGUUUAUCUGGUCAGUCAAUCGUAAGUUUCUUAAUAAACCCGAAAAGUCAACAAAAGUUCAGGAUUUUAUUGGCUAGCCCAUAUGUCCAGGUUUCUUUUGGCAAUUCCCGCAAAGUUCAGUGUUUUUUUGGCCGAUUUCCCAAUUUUAUUUUUAAAUUGUUUUUAUAUUAUAUAAAACUUCAUAUUUGAAAUUAUGGAAUUCUUUUGAAAUGCCCUAAUUUGUUGUUAGGUUCCUAAUUUUCAAUAGAGUUUGAAUUUUUUUUUAAAAGAAUAUGAUCUAAGAUAUAACAUUUCGUACCAGACUAAUUUGAAUAUUGGAUUUAAAAACCAACUAUUUGCAUUAUUAUUAGCCUAGUAACACUGUAAUUUAUAAAAUAGUUAACAAACAAACUGUAAAAUGGUCAAACUCUGCGAAAGGUUACUUGGAAUAAAGAAAGUAUCUAGCUAGAGAAAAGUUCUUUAACAAAAAAAAAAAAAUCUAGCUAGAGAAAAGUUCCUCA